AUGGAUAUCAUUCUAGAAUUGUGGGACACCUUUAUUGGUGAUCGAAUGUAUUCCACUCUUCUCCCCAACUCAAUUGCCUCCUCCGUCUCCUUCCCAGGCUUCGUCAAUGCCGCCAACAGCUCCCUAUCCUUGUUCGGAGCAGCGGAACCUUUUAUCUACGAGCCAGCAACCCAGUUGAUUCAUCUCGAACCCUCCAAAUAUGCCUACCUAAGUGCGUGGCCGCGGAACAACAUCUACCGCCAAUUCACCAGCUUCUUCUUGAUCACUUGGAUCUUUGGUCUCCUCGUCUACUUCGUUGUUGCGACGCUCUCAUAUAUCUUCAUCUGGGACAAAACCACCUAUAAGCACCCCAAGUUCUUGCGAAACCAGAUCUCCAUGGAAAUGAAGCAAGCCAUGGGCGCCAUGCCCCCAAUGGCGUUGUUGACUGCGCCUUUCUUUGUUCUGGAAGUCCGGGGCUACGCCAAGCUCUAUGACACCGUUGCUGAGGAGCCCUUCCCGUAUUACAGCAUUCUGCAAUUCCCAUUCUUCAUCUUCUUCACCGAUUUCUUUAUCUACUGGAUCCACCGUGGCCUGCACCACCCGCGAGUUUACAAAACCCUUCACAAGCCGCACCACAAAUGGAUCAUGCCGAGCCCUUUUGCCUCCCACGCUUUCCACCCCUUGGACGGCUGGUCCCAAAGUGUUCCGUACCACGUUUUCCCCUUCCUCUUCCCUCUGCAGAAAGUGGCCUAUGUCUUUCUUUUUGGCUUCAUCAACCUCUGGACCGUCUUCAUCCAUGAUGGCGAGUACGUCGCCAACAGCCCGGUUGUGAACGGAGCCGCCUGUCACACUAUGCAUCACCUCUACUUUAACUAUAACUACGGCCAGUUCACUACCUUGUGGGAUCGUCUGGGUGGUAGCUACCGCAAACCCAAUGAGGAGCUCUUCCGACGGGAGACCAAGAUGGGUGAUCAAGAAUGGAAACGCCAGGCCAAGGAGAUGGAAGCCAUUCUGAAGACUGUGGAGGGAGAUGAUGACCGCCACUACUCCGCCGACCAGAAGAAAACCCUUUGA